AUGAAUGAUGUGGCUGCACUUGUAAUGUGUUCUGGUGAUGCAGCACAGGGUACAUCGGUUACUCCUGUGGCUGCUCUAACAAUGUCAGCAUCUGAUAACUGCGAUCAUGUCCUGAGUGUGACCUGGUUACUGUAUCCCCUUGUGUUUGGACUGAUCCUUGCAUUCUGCUGGUGUUCUUUGGUUUGCUGUAGUCGAAUUUAUAUGGGAAUGCAUUCAAUUUUGGAUGUUAUUGCUGGAUUUCUGUACGCUAUUCUUAUCUUGGUUGUCUUCCAUCCAUUUGUGGACCUGAUUGAUAACUUCAACUUAACUUACAAAUAUGCACCCUUAAUUAUCAUCAGUCUCCAUUUAGCGCUGGGCAUCUUCUCUUUUACCCUGGACACCUGGAGCACAUCGCGAGGAGACACAGCUCAGAUACUGGGCUGUGGUGCUGGAGUAGCCUGUGGCUCUCACGUUAACUACAUAAUGGGUCUAAACCUAGAUCCUCCUCCCCAUACAUUACCUUUAUCUCUUUCCUCCCUCACCGUGACUGUGUUUGGAAGAGCCAUAUUGCGGUUGUUGAUUGGAGUAAUAAUUCUGUUGUUAACAAGAGUAGCGAUGAAAAAAGCCACUAUUCCACUGGCAUGUAAAAUAUUUCGCAUACCACAUGACGAUGUACGGAAAGCAAGACAACGCAUGGAAGUUGAGCUUCCCUAUCGCUAUAUAACGUAUGGAAUGGUUGGGUUCUCCCUCAUGUUUAUUGUUCCUUGCGUCUUUCAUUUUAUUGGUCUUUCUUGA